AUACUGAAACUUUAUGUGAUGAUACAAAUAUUCGGUUGAUUGCUCUCUUCGAUAAUGAAGAAAUUGGAAGUAGAAGUGCACAUGGAGCUGAUUCUAACCUUUUAGAGACUACUAUCAAGCGUUUAACUCUAUCAAAUAUUGGCAAUUCAUCUGGUAAAAUCUCUGAGGCAACAUUUGAAGAAACAAUCCAUAAAAGUUUCUUGAUCAGUGCUGAUAUGGCUCAUGCUGUGCAUCCUAAUUAUUGUGAGAAAUACGAGGAAAAUCAUAGACCCCAGAUGCAUAAAGGUGUUGUUAUCAAAAUUAAUGCCAAUCAGCGAUAUGCUACUACAGCCGCAACUUCACUUAUAUUACGCGAAGCUGCUAAAAAAUAUAAUGUACCAUUACAAGAAUUUUGUGUUCGAGCCGAUAGUCCUUGUGGGUCUACUAUUGGUCCAAUGUUAAGUGCAAAUUUAGGAUUGCGCACUGUCGAUAUCGGAAAUCCUCAAUUGAGUAUGCAUUCAAUUCGUGAAACUGCAGGUACUGAUGAUGUUGGACAUGCAAUUAAAUUGUUUCAGCGUGUGUACACGGCGCCUUUCUUAACGCGAACUGCAAUUAUCAAAGAGCGAUUUCCAAAAACAUAUCGUCAUCCAAUUCUUGAUAGUAAACUUACUACACGACGAGUUACUCAAGAAGCCAGAUGUCUUUUCAAAUGUUAUCGAUCUGGUGUCGAUACUCCUGUACUAUAUUUUGUCGAUAUAGAGAAUAAUGCAAUAUACAUGGAAUUUGUCAAAGGAAAAACCCUCAAAGAUUUAAUUUCUGAAAUUGGAGAGUGGUCUAGCAGCAAGCAUGAAGAACUUACAACAAAAAUUGGUGUAGCAUUAGCAAAAAUGCAUGCAGCUGAUGUUAUACAUGGUGACUUGACAACAUCAAAUCUUUUGUUAAGAGAGUCAAAUAAUUCUUUGGUUGUUAUUGAUUUUGGAUUAAGUUACAUAUCAUCAUUACCAGAAGAUAAAGCUGUUGAUUUGUAUGUUCUUGAAAAAACCUUUUUGAGUACACAUCCAAAUUUAGAAGCUAUGUUUACAGCAAUAUUAGAAAUAUAUAAAAAUAACUAUAAAGCUUCAAAAGAUAUUCUAAAUAAGCUGGCUGAAGUUCGUUUAAGAGGACGUAAACGAA